AUGCAACACGCGCACCCUCUUUUCCCGGCGUCGACGGAAAACUUCCUCCGCCGUGGAUUCUUCCUCCUCUCUUACCUGUGCUUCACGCAUAAAGUCAUAUUCCAAACCUUGCAUCGCACCAGCCGCCAAACGAGCGCGACAUCGCUCCUCCACUCGGUCGUGGAAACGUUCGUUUUCGCGCUCGUCGCGUUGCCGUUUUGGAGAAAACUGAACGGGCGAGCGAUGUUCGUCCCGAUGAGCAGCGGGUCGAUUUUUCUCCGCAGGUUCGCCAAGAAGGAGACAGAAAGGAAGAGGAACAGUGAUGCGUUUCAAGGAAGGAGGAGGAGGAAGAAAAUGAUGCGCACAAAGAGCAACGUAAACGCGUUUGUCUUUGGGGAGGAGGCGAGGAGGGAUUUUGGUGAGGAGAAGGAAAAGAACGAGGAGGGAGGAGGCGGAACGAUCACGAUGAAAUCGAUCGAGUCGAACGUUUCGAAACUGGAACGAAUGACGCCGGUGUUCAGCCAAGAGUUGAUGGCGUUCGUGAGUGGGAAUAAGAGCGAGUUGUACGAGAAGAGGAGAAAGAGGAACGUCGCGGAGGCCGUCGUCGCCAAGCGAGGAAAAGAGGAGGAUUUUCGGCAACCGACGAGUCAGUUUUUGUCAGUUUUUAGCGUCGGCUCGAGGAAUAGCAGCGGUAGUGAGAACAUGGUAUUGUCGUUGACGGACGAGAGUUGCAUUCGGCCGAGCGAGUUGGCGAAGAAACAUUUUCCGGCGGUUAUGAAUGCCAUGCGAGAGGUGAACGGGAUGAACGUGAGAGUGGUCGCGUUGAGGCCGAGUUAUAGGUACGAGGAGAAAAAGAAGAAGAAGAAGAAGAUGAAGACGAGCAAGACGACGAAGAAGAAUAGCGCGGAAAAUGACGACGACGACGACGACGACGACGAUAGCAAUACUAAUAACAACAACACUAGAAGAAACUAUUACUUGGAAGAAAUCAUAGCGAAAAGCAAUCGACUGAAUCGUCGGAAUAAACCGAAACGGUUCCCUCUUUCGGAUAGUUUGUACACCGCGUACGCGUGCUUAGCGAAAGAUGCAGACUGCGAUAUCUCCGAUGUUGGCGUAGAGGCGGAAUUUUUAGGGCAUCCGGUACAGAAAAUGCCACUAGAUGUUGGCGAAGUCGUCUGCGUGGACUCUUUGGCGAGAAGUCGAAUGUUCAACGCGGGAGAGGCUAUUUUAGAAUACAACGAAGAAGACGAGGAAGAAGAACAAUACGAGGAUAACGACGACGACGACGAGAACGAGCACCGGCUGCUCCGAAAGAAUAUCUUUGCCAAAGCUGGCAAAGGAUGCGUCGUCCUCGUCUUUGACUUGCUCGAUCCGAAAUACGAACGCAACGGCACCGCUCUAGGCAUCGCCAAAGCAGCGCGUUUGAAAAACUAG